AUGGCAGUAGGAGAGCCUUAUCCAGAGACCGAAUCAAGCCCAAAUGGAGGAGGCCCUGCUGUUGCAGCUGAGCCUAUCCCAGAAUGGGGCCCUGCAUUGCAGACAUGGCAGUGGGCUUGGGAAUUUCACUGGAUUGGGUUUGGUACGCUCUUCACUCUUUUUGCGUUGUACUCUUUGGCAUCCCUGUUACAGAUAGUCAAGGGGAAACGACGAGGAAAACGAGGGCAUUUAGCAAUGGUCAUUUCAAGCAUGUUACUGAUUCUCGGGCUGACAAGGGCUUUAUUUCUCUUUGUCAAUCCUUACGAGUCUCCACAGUGCUACUUAUUGCCUAAGUGCCCCGUGAUGCUGACUCGAAUACUUUUCGGUAUUGCCCUACCAUGCAUCACGGCUUCCUUCUCACUGGUCCACCUGGCGUUUCUUCAAGUUACGAAACUCAAGCUGUACCCAGAAAAACUCCAAAGCACUAAAUUUCUGACCUGUGUCAUCGUGUUUCAUUUUGGACUUUCCUUCAUCACAGAGAUUACGAUGUCACUGUUUGCCGACGCAGAAACACUCAGUAUCGUGUGCCAGUCGUUCUUCGUCGUGUUUAGUUUUGUUCUUUCUGUUAGCUUCAUAUAUAGUGGUACUAAAAUUGUCACUUAUGUAACUCGUAAUCACAGCCACGUGACUCGCCUCGGACAAGCAAGCCUGCGCGCAAGGGACGAUGGAACAGGAGAACCUGGCACCAACCGUUUAUAUCGCCCUAACGUGGCUAAACUCGUCAAAAUAACCUACUUUACAGUGUUGCUUGGGUUUGUAAGCUGCGCGCUUCAGUUGUACUCAAUUAUUGGUGUGCACAAAAUGUUCAAAGGAGAAGAAAUGGAGCCUCCAAAACCUUGGCCUUGGUUAAUAUUCCAAUCAUUGUACCGCGCGGUAGAGCUGGCGGUGGGUUGUACACUUGCUUACGUGGGCCCUCGGCAAGUCAGCCGCAAUAUUCAUCCAUUCAUUCACUGUUUUGCCUUUUGCCGAAACGCACGAAAAAGAGCCAGAUCUGAAAACAGUGAUUCUUCCAAUUACGCAACAAACAUUGGCCGAACUAGUCAAAAACGAUUGACUGUAGAGCGAAAGGAUAGUGCCGCAUAG